CUCACCCGGCGCUCUCGCGAGACCCGCGCGCGCCGCCGCCGUUCCCGCCGCUGAGGCCGCGCUCCCUCCCCCCCUCCCUCCCUUCCCCUCCCUCAGGCGGGACCGGCCCCGCGGUGCUGCCGCCGCCCCCCACGGGAUCCACCCUUCAGCGCCCCGCAUCUCCCGGUUCCCCCCCCCGCAGCGACCGGGCCGAGGAUGGACUGGGAGUGAUUCCCGGAGGGACGAGAGGAAACGGGAACCCCCCCAAAAUGAAAGUGGAUCGGACGAAGCUGAAGAAAACCCCGACGGAGGCGCCCGCCGACUGCAGGGCCCUCAUCGAGAAGCUCAAGGGCUGCACGGACGAGCAGCUGGUGACGGAGCUGCAGCAGAUCAAGACAUGGAACAUCGGCAAGUGCGAGCUGUACCACUGGGUGGACCUGCUGGACCGGUUCGACGCGCUGCUGGCCGAGGCGGGGCGGCCGGUGGACACCAUGAGCUGGAUGCUGAGCUGCGACCGGCCCGAGCGGCAGCCCCUGAAGGCCCUGCUGCUGGCCCUGCUCAACUUCACCGCCCUGCUCAUCGAGUACAGCUUCUCCAGGCACCUCUACAGCUCCAUCGAGCACCUGACCACCCUGCUGGCCUCCUCGGACAUGCACGUGGUCCUGGCCGUGCUCAACCUGCUCUACGUGUUCAGCAAACGCUCCAACUACAUCACCCGCCUGGGCUCCGAGCGCAGGGGGCCCCUGCUCGCCCGGCUGCAGCACCUGGCUGAGAGUUGGGGUGGGAAGGAGAACGGGUUCGGGUUGGCCGAGUGCUGCCGGGACCUGCACAUGAUGAAAUACCCCCCCAGUGCCACCACCCUGCACUUCGAGUUCUACGCCGAGCCGGUCGAGGUCAAGGUGGACAAGAGGGCCACCAGCACCACCCUGCACUACAUCCACAUCGAGCAGCUGGACAAGAUUUCCGAGAGCCCCUCAGAGAUCAUGGAGUCACUCACCAAGAUGUACAACAUCCCCAAGGACAAACAGAUGCUGCUGUUCACCCACAUCCGCCUGGCCCACGGCUUCUCCACGCACAGGAAGCGGCUGCAGGCGGUGCAGGCCCGGCUCCACGCCAUCUCCAUCCUGGUGUAUUCCAACGCCCUGCAGGAAUCGGCCAACAGCAUCCUGUACAACGGGCUCAUCGAGGAGCUGGUGGAUGUGCUGCAGAUCCCAGACAAACAGCUCAUGGACAUCAAGGCGGCGUCCCUGCGGACCCUCACGUCCAUCGUGCACCUGGAGAGGACCCCCAAGCUGAGCAGCAUCAUCGACUGCACCGGCACCGCCUCCUACCACGGCUUCCUGCCCGUGCUGGUCCGCAACUGCAUCCAGGCCAUGAUCGACCCCUCCAUGGAGCCCUACCCCCACCAGUUCGCCACGGCCCUCUUCUCCUUCCUCUACCACCUGGCCAGUUACGACGCGGGCGGGGAGGCGCUGGUGUCGUGUGGGAUGAUGGAGGCGCUGCUCAAGGUGAUUAAGUUCCUGGGGGACGAGCAGGACCAGAUCACGUUUGUGACGCGGGCGGUGCGGGUGGUGGAUCUCAUCACCAACCUGGACAUGGCGGCGUUCCAGGCCCACAGCGGCCUCUCCAUCUUCAUCUACCGCCUCGAGCACGAGGUCGACCUGUGCCGCCGGGAGUGUCCCUUUGUCAUCAAGCCAAAGGUGCAGAGACCCCCGGCCACGGCAGCCCCCGAGGGCGAGGACAUGGAGACGGACAUGGAGGUGACCGAUGUGGCCAUGGAGAGCAGCCCCUCGGCCCCCCCGGCCGUGCCCAGCACCAGCUCCGGCCCCAGCAGUGCCACCCCCUCCCCCCGCGGCGGAGUGCAGUGCAUCCCCCAGCGCGCCGCCCUGCUCAAAUCCAUGCUGAACUUCCUCAAGAAAGCCAUCCAGGACCCCGCCUUCUCCGACGGCAUCCGCCACGUGAUGGAUGGGUCGCUGCCCACGUCGCUCAAGCACAUCAUCAGCAACGCCGAGUACUACGGCCCCUCGCUGUUCCUGCUGGCGACCGAGGUGGUGACGGUGUUCGUGUUCCAGGAGCCCUCCCUGCUCUCGUCGCUGCAGGACAACGGCCUGACCGAUGUCAUGCUGCACGCCCUGCUCAUCAAGGACGUCCCAGCCACCCGUGAGGUCCUGGGGUCCCUCCCCAACGUGUUCUCCGCCCUGUGCCUGAACGCGCGGGGGCUGCAGAGCUUCGUGCAGUGCCAGCCCUUCGAGCGCCUCUUCAAGGUGCUGCUCUCGCCCGACUACCUGCCCGCCAUGAGGAGACGGCGCAGCUCCGACCCCCUGGGUGACACGGCCUCCAACCUGGGCAGCGCCGUGGAUGAGCUGAUGCGGCACCAGCCCACCCUCAAAACCGACGCCACCACCGCCAUCAUCAAGCUGCUGGAGGAGAUCUGCAGCCUGGGCCGGGACCCCAAGUACAUCUGCCAGAAGCCGUCGAUGCAGAAGGGGGAGGGGGCGGGGGCCGCGCCCCCCCCGCGCUCCCCCCACGCCGCCGAGGAGGCCUCGAGCGAGGACGAGGAGGAGGAGGAGGUUCAGGCCAUGCAGAGCUUCGGGGCCGCCCAGCAGAGCGAGGCUGAGCCCACCCAGACGGUGGUGGGCACAGAGGAGCGGAUCCCGAUCCCGCUCAUGGAUUACAUCCUGAACGUGAUGAAGUUCGUGGAGUCGAUCCUGAGCAACAACACGACGGACGAUCACUGCCAGGAGUUCGUGGCACAGCGGGGGCUGCGGCCCCUCGUCACCAUCCUGGGGCUACCCAACCUGCCCGUCGACUUCCCCACCUCUGCUGCCUGCCAGGCCGUGGCAGGGGUCUGCAAAUCCAUCCUGACGCUGUCCCACGAGCCCAAGGUGCUGCAGGAGGGGCUGGUGCAGCUGGAGUCGGUGCUGUCGGCGCUGGAGCCGCUGCACCGGCCCAUCGAGGCGCCGGGGGGGUCGGUGCUGCUGCGGGAGCUGGCGGGUGCCGGGCCCGUGCCCGACGCGACGCUGUCGGCCCAGGCCACCCCCCUGCUGCACGCCCUGACCGCGGCCCACGCCUUCAUCAUGAUGUUCGUGCACACCUGCAGGGUGGGGCAGAGCGAGAUCAGGGCCAUCUCCGUGAACCAGUGGGGGUCCCAGCUGGGGCUAAGUGUGCUGGGGAAGCUGAGCCAGCUCUACUGUUCCCUGGUGUGGGAGAGCACUGUGCUGCUGUCCCUCUGCACCCCCAACAGCCUCCCCCCGGGGUGUGAGUUCGGCCAGGCCGACAUGCAGAAACUGGUGCCCAAGGAGGAGAAGGCGCCGAGCCCCCCCCAGGGCGGCCGGAGGGCAGAGGGUGAAGCGGAGGGUCCAAGCCCCUCAGGGGGGGCAGGCAGUGACCCCCCCCCAGCCCAGGGGCUGCUGGAGGGGAUGGGGCUGGAGGGGGAGGCCCUGGCCCCCAUGGAGACGGACGAGCCGAGCGCCACCGACCCCAAGGCCAAGGCCAAGAUCACCCCGGCCAUGGCCGCCCGCAUCAAACAGAUCAAACCCCUGCUCUCUGCCUCGUCCCGGCUGGGCCGGGCUCUGGCCGAGCUCUUCGGGCUGCUGGUGAAGCUCUGCGUGGGGUCCCCGGUGCGGCAGCGCCGCAGUCACCACGCGGCCGCCGCCGCCCCCGCGCCCACCGCGGCCGCCCGGGCCACGGCCUCGGCCCUCACCCGCCUGCUCACCAAGGGGCUCAGCUGGCAGCCCCCCCCCUACACCCCCACCCCCCGCUUCAGGCUGACGUUCUUCAUCUGCUCGGUGGGGUUCACGUCCCCGAUGCUCUUCGACGAGCGCAAGUUCCCCUAUCACCUCAUGCUCCAGAAGUUCCUCUGCUCCGGCGGCCACAACGCGCUCUUCGAGACGUUCAACUGGGCGCUGUCGAUGGGGGGGAAGGUGCCGGUGGGCGAGGGCCUGGAGCACCCCGACCUGCCCGACGGCACCGGCGAGUUCCUGGACGCGUGGCUGAUGCUGGUGGAGAAGAUGGUGAACCCCAGCACGGUGCUGGAGUCGCCCCACGCGCUGCCCGCCAAGGGACCCCCCCACGGGCACCCCCCGUUCAGCGCCCUGCGCUUCCUCGUCGUCACGCAGAAGGCGGCCUUCGCGUGCAUCAAGCAGCUGUGGCAGCGGCGGCCGCUGAAGGUGUACGGGGCGCGCAUGGCCGAGUCCAUGCUGGCCAUCCUGUGCCACAUCCUGCGCGCGGAGCCGCUGCUGCGCGAGCGCCUGGGCCGCGAGCGAGAGGGGCCCGCGGGCGACGAGCCGGGCGGCGACGAGGGGGGGCCCCGCCGUGAGCCACAUGUCAACCAGCAGCAGCUGCAGCAGCUGAUGGACAUGGGUUUCUCCCGGGAACACGCCAUGGAGGCCCUGCUGAACACCAACACCAUGGAACAGGCCACCGAGUACCUGCUCACCCACCCGCCCCCGCUCAUGGGGGGCACGGCGAGGGACCUGAGCAUGUCCGAGGAGGAUCAGAUGAUGAGGGCCAUCGCCAUGUCCCUGGGCCAGGACAUCCCCAUGGACCAGCGGGCAGAGUCCCCUGAGGAGGCCGCGUGCCGCAAGGAGGAGGAGGAGCGGCGGGCGCGGGAGCGGCAGGAGGAGGAGGAGGCCAAGUGCCUGGAGAAGUUCGAGGGGGCCGAGCCGCUGGAGCCGGCGGAGCUCGGGGCCUUCACCGACUCGAUGCUGCCGGGCUGCUCCCGCCUGCUGGACGAGCUGCCCGACACCGUGUACCGCGUGUGCGACCUGCUCAUGACGGCCGUGCGCAGGAACGGGCCCGCCUACAGGGACAGCGUGCUCAAGCAGGUGGUGCAGCAGGUGUGGGAGGCGGCCGAUGUCCUCAUCAAGGCGGCCGUGCCGCUCACCACCAGCGACACCAAGACGGUCUCGGAGUGGAUCAGCCAAAUGGCCACGUUGCCCCAGGCCUCCAACCUGGCCACACGCAUCCUGCUGCUCACCCUGCUCUUCGAGGAGCUGAAGCUGCCCUGUGCCCGGGUGGUGGAGUCCAGCUGUGUCCUGGACGUGCUCAUCAAGCUGCUCGAGGUGGUCCAGCCCUGCCUUCAGGCUGCCAAGGAGCACAAGGAGGUGCAGACCCCCAAGUGGAUCACCCCUGUCCUGCUGCUGAUUGACUUCUACGAGAAAACGGCCGUGUCCUCCAAGCGCCGGGCGCAGAUGAACAAGUACCUGCAGGCGACGGGGAACAACUGGCGCUGGUUCGACGACCGCUCGGGGCGCUGGUGCAGCUACAGCGCCAGCAACAACAGCACCAUCGACGCGGCCUGGAGGGCCGGCGAGCCCAGCGUCAGGUUCACGGCCGGGCGGCGCCGCUACACCGUCCAGUUCACCACCAUGGUGCAGGUGAACGAGGAGACGGGGAACCGGCGGCCGGUGAUGCUGACGCUGCUCCGACCCCCCCGCGCCGGGAAGGGCCGCGACGGGGAGGGGGUGGGCGAGGACCCCGAGGGGAGGGGCAAGGACGAGACCCCUGCCGCAGACCCUCCGCCGGACGACGAGCCCCCCCCGCCCCCCCCCACCUCCUCCACCACAGCCCCCCCUUCCUCCUCCUCCUCCUCCUCCUGCCCCUCUCCCCCUCCCACUGCCGCCCCCUCGCCGUGCCCCGAGGACCCCGGGGCGGGGCUGGGGGCCGAGCCCCCCGUGCGGGGGCUGGCGGAGGAGGCGGUGCCCGCCGUGCUGCGGGCCUGCGUCAGCAUGCUGGGGGUGCCCGUGGACCCCGACACGCUGCACGCGACCCUGCGCCUCUGCCUGCGCCUGACGCGGCAGCACAAGCACGCCCUGCUCUUCGCCGAGCUGCGCUCCACACGCACCAUCCUCGCCCUCACCCAGAGCUCCGGCUUCACCGGCUUCACCCCCCUCGUCACCCUGCUCUUCAGGCACAUCAUCGAGGACCCCUGCACCCUGCGGCACACCAUGGAGAAGGUGGUGCGUUCAGCAGCCACGAGCGGGGCGGGCAGCACGACCUCGGGGGUGGUCUCGGGCAGCCUGGGGUCCCGCGAGGUGAAUUACAUCCUGCGGGUGCUGGGCCCCGCCGCUUGCCGCAGCCCCCACGUCUUCACCGAGGUGGCCACGGGCUGCAUCCGCAUCGCCCUGCCGGCCCCACGGGGGUCUGGAACCGCCUCUGACGACGAGUUCGAGAACCUGCGGAUCAAGGGCCCCAACGCGGUGCAGUUGGUGAAGACGACGCCGGCCAAGGCCUCGGCCCUGCCCCCCAUCCCAGAGCCCAUCCGGGACGUCAUCUACGACAUGCUCAACGCCCUGGCGGCCUACCACGCCCCUGACGAGGGUGACAAGGGGGACCCCAAGAACGCGGCCCCCAGCGAGGUGAGCCAGCUGCUGUCGGACAUUGGGGACGACAUGUACCAGCAGUACCGGAGCCUCACCCGCCCCCCCGGCGACUUCGACCCCCCCGCCGGCUUCAACAUCAACACUCAGGUGUUUGGUGCUGAUGGAGCCGCUGCGGAGACUCCCCCAUCGGGAACCCCCCAGGGGGAAGCGUCCAGCCCCGAGGAGGGCCGGGAGGGCCGCAAGGAGAAGGAGGGGGAGCGCGAGGAGCGGGGGCGGGCGCGGGGCUCGAAACCCCUCAUGCCAACCUCGACCAUCCUGCGGCUGCUGGCGGAGCUGGUGAGGUCCUACGUGGGCAUCGCCGCCCUGAUCGCCAACUACAGCUACAGCGUGGGGCAGUCCGAGCUCAUCAAGGAGGACUGCAGUGUCCUGGCCUUCGUCCUGGACCACCUGCUGCCGCACCAGCAGAACGCGGAGGACAAGGACACGCCGGCGCUGGCGCGGCUGUUCCUGGCCAGCCUGGCGGCCGCGGGCAGUGGCACCGACGCCCAGGUGGCCCUGGUGAACGAGGUGAAGGCCGCCCUGGGCCGGGCCCUGGCCAUGGCCGAGAGCACCGAGAAACACGCCAGGCUCCAGGCCGUCAUGUGCAUCAUCAGCACCAUCAUGGAGUCGUGCCCGUCCACCUCGAGCUUCUACAGCAGCGCGGCCAAGCCGCCCCACAACGGCAUGAACAACAUCAUCCGGCUCUUCCUCAAGAAGGGGCUGGUCAACGACCUGGCCCGGGUGCCCCACAGCCUCGACCUGUCCAGCCCCAACAUGGCGAACACGGUGAACGCGGCGCUGAAGCCCCUGGAGACGCUGUCACGGAUCGUGAACCAGCCCAGCGGCCUCUUCGGGGCCAAGGGCUCCUCCAGCAAGAGCAAGGCCGAGGGCGCCGGGGGGGCUCGUGAGGCGGGGGCUGCACCCCCUGAUGGAGGGGACCCCGGGGACCCCGAGCCCCCCGAGGAGGACGCGGAGGCGGCGCAGGCGGAGGCGGCCGACGGGGACAUGGACGGGGAGGCCGAGGGGGACACGGUGGUCCUGGCCGGGCAGCCCGAGGGGCUCAGCACCCAGGAGAUGCAGGUGGAGAACGAGCUGGAGGAUCUCAUUGACGAGCUGCUGGAGCGGGACGGCGCCGACGGGAACAGCACCAUCAUCGUGAGCCGCUCAGGAGAGGAUGAGUCACAGGAGGACGUUCUGAUGGACGAGGCCCCCUCCAACCUCAGCCAGGCCUCCACCCUCCAGGCCAACCGGGAAGACUCCAUGAACAUCCUGGACCCUGAGGACGAGGAGGAGCACACGCAGGAGGAGGACAGCAGUGGCAGCAACGAGGACGAGGAUGACAGCCAGGACGAGGAAGAGGAGGAAGAGGAAGAGGAUGAGGAUGAUCAGGACGAUGAGGAGGGCGAGGAGGGCGAGGAGGAGGAGGAUGACGACGAUGGCUCGGAGAUGGAGCUGGACGAGGACUAUCCCGACAUGAACGCGUCGCCCCUCGUUCGCUUCGAGCGCUUCGACCGCGACGACGACCUGAUCAUCGAGUUCGACAACAUGUUCUCCAGCCCCACCGACAUCCCCCCGUCCCCCGGGAACAUCCCGGCCAGCCACCCGCUGCUGGUGCGGCACGCGGAGCACGGGGGGCUGGGGCUGGGGGGCGGCGCGGGGGGCACCCGCCUGGCCCAGGGGCUGGGCCGGAGCCAGCGCACCCUGCGGCAGCUCACGGCCAACGCCGGCCACACCAUCCACGUGCACUACCCGGGGGCUCGGCAGCCCAACCCCCCCCUCAUCCUGCAGCGGUGAGUGGG